AGUCAAAACUUAAAUGAGAUCAAAGUGCAAAAACAUCCAAAAUUUAGCUGGACUGUUAAUGCAAAGCUGGUAAUUUUUUACGAUAAAGACGACAUAUCUGAUAUAAGAAUAAAUUUUUAUUUAAUUAAAAAAUUAGCUAAUUCUGAGACAUUAUCAACAUUUCGAGUAUUUGGAGUUGUAGCAGUUGGUGCACAUAGUGCAAAGACUAGUUCAGGUAUUAUGCCAGAUCAACUUUGCUCGAUGAAAAUCGUCAAUGCUGCGAAAGCAAACCUAGAAAAUGAAUGGCUUAAUAAUUCACAGAAUAUCAAAAAUCUUUUAAGAUCAUCUGAUG